AAUGCAUAUUUUACUAAAGCUUAGAAGACCAUAAACUAGCAAACCAAAAUUAAUGAUUUGAGUAUCAUUAAAAUUUAAUAUCAUCGACCUAUAAUCAUUAGGAAAAACCCGCGUACAAUGACAUAAGAUACGCCCUGUAUAAUAAUAAUAAUAAUAAUGGUAAUACUAUUCAUGUUAUGCAUAUUCUGACUAUGCGGAGGGUACCAAACUUUCUCAAAUCAUGGAGGAAAAUAUUAUGACUGACCACGACUGCCGUCAUGGAUCAUCAGGUAAUGCCAUAGAAUUUUCCCUCGCUUGUAUUGAAUCUGUGUCGGUUAUUGAAAUAGAAAGAAAAUUGUUCAAUUAAUCGUAUGAUGACCAUGCAAUAAUUAAGACUAUGGGCUAUGUAUAACAACUUAACUCUUACUCGUUCAUCGUCUCAUCCGUUCACGACAAAUCAUUUUUUCGACGAGCGAUACUUAAAUACCUGUACCGGCGCGCUGCUAUAUAUUCCGUAUCUAAUCUGUACAUUAAAAUAAAGCCAAAAGGUAAGCGAAAUUAGAAUUUUACAUAAUAUUAUGCAUUUAUAUUCAUACUGUAUGACUGUAUGAGUGUACCUACUAUAUGUCAGACAAUUAUUUCCUAACGACUAAAGCCUAGCCUAGUAUAAUGGCUAUUGGCUACAAACGUUUAGAAAUGAAUUACGAUUUGAUUAGGUAUGCAAAUUUAUCAGUACUAACGUCUAGGUGAUCAUUAAACAGUUAUUCUCGACGUAUUAAUUGAUACGAUAAUUUGUUUCUAUAUAUACCUAAUGUAAAUACAAAGUCGAUUAAAGUGUAUAAUACCUAUAUACAUGUAUAAUAAUUUUUUCUCUGUUAUAAUUUAUUGAGUAUACCUAUAUUAUAUUAUAUAAAUAUAUUACUUUAAAUGGGUUAAUAAUUUGUAUGUUGUAGCAAAAAAAAUGUCUGAUUAUUUCCAACAAACUAACACUAUAAAUCAAUCGGAAAAUAAUGAUGGAAACAAAAAGGACGAGGUAAUAACGUUUAAUUACCAACCUAAUGGAACGGGACCAUCAUCAGAUAUAACAGAAAAUAAAAUUGUAGUCUUGGACUAUAUGCCUCGAACUAUAACUACGAAUCUCAAAUCAUUUGAUAAUUUAUUAAAUACUGAAACAAUAGUUUUGCACGAAUUGAAUAUUUCUUACGAAGAUAUUUUUAAAACAUUUAAAGAAAAACUUAUGACCAAAAUUUUAAACGGUGAAUACGCUAUGAGCGAUAACGACGUUAUUAAUCUGGACAAAAUGAUAGGAUUAGCGUGUAUUGCUAUGAGUGAAUCUGAAAAAAAUAACAAAAAAUUACGAACCAGGAACAGCAUUUUACAGAAUAAAUAUAAAAAUUAUGACUGUGCAGUUAAAGAAUUCAGUAGGCUUAAUUCUGAAAUGGAUAAAAUAAAAUACAAUCUUUGUUUAGCAUUAGGUCGUAGGUUCAAUGACAAGGAAGAUGUUAUGCAUUUGACUAAUUUUUGCGUUGCAUUAGCUGCACGUGAAAAUGAAUAUCAUUACAUUCUGAUAGAAAACGAUAAGUUGAAAUACAUUAUAAAUAAGCAACUGAUGAACAUACGCGUUAAAACGUUAAACAAUUAUGAUGAAGUUCUACAAAGCUUGGAGAAGUUAAAAGAAAAACUGUGUAUUAAAGAUCUCAAAAUAUCGCAGUUGAAAGAUGAGUUAUGUUUUAUAAAUGAAGAAAAAAAAAACAAAUUACAAUUAUUGCAUAAAAAUUUGUCAGAGUUUCCUGAAAAAUUGAUCGAUCAAAACGUCCAUGACGCAUUUGAUUGUUCUCAAAAUAAUGACGAAUUGUACAAAGGCAAAAUGUUGAUCGCAGAACAGAUUAAUCAAAUCCAAGGAUCUACCAACUUCGAAUCCGAAAACCACCAACUAUGUGAUUUAAUCAAUAUGUUUGUGAGAUUGGCAACUGAUAAAGAAGAAGAUUUAAAAACAAUUAAUAGACGUUUAGUUAGAAAAGUAGAAGAUAAGAAUCAACAACUACUAAAAGAAAUUGACGAUCACAAAAAAUGGCAGAAACAUUUGGAAAACGAGAACGCUAAACUAAAUUCUGAAUUUGAACAUAAAAAACAGAUCCAAAAAAUUUUAAUUAGCAAAGAAGACGAACAUAAGAAACUCAAAGAAGAUUGUUCGAAAAUGCAAUUAAUGUGCGAUGAGCUAAAUAAGAAAUAUCCACACUUAAUAAAGUCGCUCAACGAACACCGACAACUAUUGACUGAGAGUAAUAUGAGACGUUUCGAUAACGAUAACCUAAUUAAAACGCUUCAAUUGAAUUUAAUAGAACAGACCAAUAAAUUUGAACUCGUGAAUGCAAAGUAUAAUAAAGAAAAAGAAAAAUGUCAGGAAAACGAAACUUACACGCAACAAAUGAUGGAUGAAUUUACGAGCUGUCUCCAAAAAAAAGAAAUCAAUAUCGCAUUGGUACAAAAUGAGUGUAAUGAUUUGAAACAUCAAAUAAAGGCAGAAGAAGACUAUAUCGAACAUUUAAAACACGAGAUUAUUACAUUAAAAAAUAAAAAUAAAACCAUAAAAGAAAUAAUAAAAGCCAAAAGUAAACAGCAGCAGCAGCACAGAACAACGUCACAGUCGUCUUCGUUGAUAUCCGAUAACGAAUUAGAACAGCAAAUGGACAUACUACUAGACAAUAUCAGUACCUGGCAAAAUAGUAUAGUCGGUUAUGAGAAAGUGUUGUACAACAUGCAAAACGCCAUGCAUCAACAGUCUAAGAUAAGAAACUACUGCAUAGCCAAAAACCAGCAUCUUAAAGAUAUUGAAUACAAAGCAAGAAUUACUGAAAAUUUGAUUCAAGAAAAAGAAGUUAUUCUAUUCCAACACCAAAAUGAGAUUGAAGAUAUGAAAGUGAAAUACAAUUCGAAAAUCGCACGCAUGGCAGACACAGAAGUUAAUUUAAGAAAUGAAAUUCGAGAUUUAAAGGAAUGUUUAAAACAGAAAAGUUUGGAUAUAAUGAUCUCUGAAAAAGUAGCAAGUUUACAUCUCAAAGAAUCUUUAGCCGCAGUUAAAGAACACCUGUAUAACCUUCAAUUGUAAAGUAAUGUCACUUGAAAACUAUCGCUGCAAAUGUGCAAGGAGACCAAUAAUGAAAUACUAAUUGUAUUUUAUUUACUUUAUACCACUAUUUAAUUACUUUAAACCCUUAACUGGAACUAUUCAAUUUAAAUCAAUUAUUUUUAGCAAUUUCUUUGAUUAGUUUUAUCAAAGUUCUUUCAACUGUACUGUUUAUAUUACAAUGUAACUUAGUUAUAUUUAUUUAUUUUCCUAAUUUAUCAAAUUUAUGUUAAUAAAUAACUUAGAGUAAUGAAUUUAAUGGAUACAAAUAAAUGUCAAUUGUUACUA